GAGCGGGGAGGGAAGCCCGGCUAGUUAGUUCCUCCUCUCGCCUGACCGCCGCCGGCGUUGUUGUCGCUGCGAAGCGCCUUACGUGGCUGGACUGCUUGCGCUCCGCCGGGCGGAGGACGGCAUCCCAGGCAGGCUCCAUCAUGGAGGCUCGCUACAAUCUCAAAAGCCCGGCUGUAAAACGUUUAAUGAAAGAAGCUGCUGAACUGAAAGAGGCAACAGACCAUUAUCACGCACAGCCUUUAGAGGACAAUCUUUUUGAGUGGCAUUUCACAGUAAGAGGUCCUCCAGAUUCAGAGUUUGAUGGAGGAGUAUAUCAUGGAAGAAUAGUGCUGCCACCAGAAUAUCCUAUGAAACCACCAAGUAUUAUUCUCUUAACGGCCAAUGGUAGAUUUGAAGUGGGAAAGAAAAUUUGUUUAAGCAUCUCAGGACAUCAUCCUGAAACAUGGCAACCAUCUUGGAGCAUAAGAACUGCCUUGCUUGCUAUUAUUGGAUUUAUGCCAACAAAAGGAGAAGGAGCCAUAGGAUCUUUAGAUUACACACCUGAAGAAAGAAGAGCACUGGCUAAGAAGUCUCAAGAUUUCUAUUGUGAAGGAUGCGGAUCACUUAUGAAAGAAGUCCUCCUACCAUUAACUUCAGGGAGUGCCUCAAGCCAGGCUGACCAAGAAGCCAAGGAACUUGCCAGGCAAAUCAAUUUCAAGGCUGAAGGUAAUUCAUCUAGAAAAUCUGUUACUGAACCUUUAGACAUGUCAGAAUUUAACCACCUUGGGAGUUCCCCUGAACAUCAAGAAGAAAUUACAACUCCAGCAUUCCAGGAUACCAUCACCAGUGAAAUGUCUGGAAAUCCAACCAACCCUUACACUUCAAAUCAAGAAGAGCUCCAUUCUCAACCUGCGUCCAAUAAUUCUUCAGUGAGCCCUCGCCAAAGACCCAUCCAGCACAGAAGAGCACCAGGUUCAACCAACUUCAAUCAAGUUCAGCAGCCAAGAGUCAACACAAGCCACGUGGGAUCAAAUAUGCUGAUUCUCCUUCUUGUUUUAGCAUUGGCAGCACUAGUUGUUAGACGCAUAUAUCUAGCCAAUGAGUAUGUAUUUGAAUUAUGAGAUUCUCUCAUUUUAAAGGCCAGUGACUUGAAUGUGUUAUUGAAAUGUUCUAUGUUUGGUAUGUCAUGAGGAUUGUUUACAUAAGAUUACUUUUUUGUAUUUUCUCAUGUUAAAAGUGAAUGCCAAGUGAAUACCUGAUGAGGUAUAUUAAUAUUUUCAAGGAAUAAACACUUUGAUAGUGGUGAAAGUAUGGAUGAUUAACAAUCUGUACAAACUGACAGAUUACCCAAAAUGUCUUUUGAGAAUAUUCUGCAUUAGCAGAAUAUUUAAGGGUGAAGGGACUUACUGCAUUGUGCACAAGCUUUGAUGGGUACUUUUAACUGAUAGAGUCCUAAAAUUGUGUUCUAUGCCAAUAUGGAUUUAUGGAUGAUUAUUCAAAAUAGCAGGACAAUAAAGGUUUAUUCAUGACAGGGCUCCUUAAAUUGAAAUGCAGAAAUGUUUGCAUAGUAAAUGUUAUUAAAUAAAGGAAAGCUGGUAAUAUAUAAUAAGCAUGUUUCCUACCUAAAAAAUUCAGGAAAUGAAAUGUUGUAAAUUGUGAGCAUUUUUUUUUUUAAAAAGUGGGGAGAACAGAAUAUACUUUACUUUUUACUUUUAAUUGUCCUUAGAAUAAUCUUUUGCAAGUUUUGAAGGCUACUUUUAAAAUAUUCAGUUGUGUAUAUUUUGCUUUUUUAAAGCUGAGAAUUCGCAAAAUUGUUAUGUAAUAUUUACCCAAACUUUAUUGUCUAUAACUUAUUUCAGAAAUAUACAUAAUGCAUUAAUUGGUUGUUCAUGUACCCAUCAUUAAAAAAUAAAA